UCCUUAUUCAUCAAAGAUCGUUUCAAACUUUAUCAUGAUCAAACUCAUUGUUCUAGUUGGGUUUUGUAUAUUUAACGUCAUCCAAAUUUCAUUUUCUUCUGUUGUAUCUACUGGAAAUUUCAACCAAGAUUUUUUUGUGUCAUGGUCUCCUAGCCAUGUAAAUACUUCCGAAGAUGGCACGUCGAGAAGCUUGAAGCUCGAUCAAGAAUCCGGAUCGGCGUUCGAUUCGAAUCAGAUGUUUUUGUUUGGGCAAUUUGACGUGCAAAUAAAAUUAGUUCCGGGCAAUUCAGCUGGCACAGUUGUGGCAUUUUAUUUGGCAUCAAAUCAACCCAAUAGAGAUGAGAUUGAUUUUGAGUUUCUUGGCAAUGUGGCUGGCAAACCAUACAUUCUUCAAACCAAUGUUUAUGCUGAUGGGUUUGAUGAUAGAGAAGAGAGAGUUAAUCUUUGGUUCGAUCCAACAAUUAAAUUCCAUACAUAUUCUAUCUUGUGGAACAUUUAUCAAAUUGUGUUCAUGGUGGAUUCAAUUCCAAUUAGAGUAUACAGAAACCAUGCAGACAAAGGAGUGGCAUAUCCAAGAUGGCAACCAAUGAGCAUCAAGGCUAGCAUAUGGAAUGGUGAAAAUUGGGCAACAAGUGGUGGAAAAGUCAAAAUUGAUUGGUCAAAAUCUCCAUUUAUUGCAUCUUUUAGUAAUUAUACCAUUGAUGGGUGUGUUUGGACUGGAAAUCCAAGGUUUUGUAGGGCAGAUAGUGUUACAAAUUGGUGGAAUAAUAAGAGAUUUAAUACUCUUACUUCUAUACAAAGAAGAUGGUUUAAAUGGGUUAGGUUGCAUCACAUGAUUUAUGACUAUUGUCUAGAUAAAGAGAGAUUUCAUGACAAUCUUCCAAAGGAAUGUUUUCUUUCUAAAUAUUAGGUUUAUAAAAAGGGAGAAAUCGGCUCGGAGAGUGAUCAUACUGAUAUUCUUACUCUGUGAGAAUUAUGGAGGCUUUGAGUUCGAAUUUCUACUUCGCCACAUUCAUCUAGUUAAAUAGGGAUUUAAUUUUUAUGGUGAUUAUAAAUGUGUGCGUUGUUCUUAAUGUAUAGCUUAUACGGUUCGUUGCAUCUCCAAUCUAAACAAAAACAGAUAAAUUAUUCUC